AUGGGUGUGAAGAGGGGCAUCAGGCCUACAGCCUUCAAUUUCUUAGAUGUUCUUGACACAAAUCUACCGCCAGAAGAUAGAAGAUUUCUGAUAAUCAAUAGCCACAUGAUGGUGAUACAUAUUUCCGCCGAGUUCCAAGAGUGGUGCGGUUACAAUCUUGCUGAAUUCAAGGAAGAUGGUGUUGAUAUACUCUUGGUCGAUGAUCCUCACUCAACACGAAACAGGAAAAAUUUUAUUUAUGAAGCGAUGAAAGAAGAAGGCGACGUGGAAAUCUCUAAUCUUCAUGUAAGAUUGAAAAGUGGCUGUUUGAAAAAAACCAAGUGUAAAAUCCGGCCACUGAAGGACUCGGACAGUUCAGAUGAUACUGUAACAAUGUUCUCAUUGACGUUCCACGAGAAGAAGGACAAGAAAGAGCAAGAGUCGUUUAUUGAACUGGUACCAGAUCUCGUUGAUCGGAUCAGAAGUUCCAUGGGACAAAGAAGCGGACAUACAGAGAUCCAGCGAGAAAGCAGUCAGAAACGGAAACGCUAUACUAUAAGUAACGAGGUGUUGGGAAUACCGCGUUCCGACAGAGACGAGUUUAGCUCGUCUGGGAAUUUGCUCAAGGGACGGAGACCUUCGCUGGCUGAGGAAAGUGAAGAGAUUCUGAAUUACUUGGAGGAGGAUCCAGAAUUCGAUGGCUUGGAGAUUAAAGUGCCUACAUUUCGGCCACCUGCUGCACCUAGAAUGCCACCGAAAGCGCCUUCCCGAGUAUCCUUGGUCGGCUCCCGAAGAGGCUCUCUCCCAAUCAACGAUAUAGAACUGUUCAACCAGGAGCGCCGCUCCAGCGAACACCCAAGACUCUUCAAGUCCUCCAGCGUAACGGAAUUCAGUGGUUCCGGUAACCUUAAGCUGUCCACAUCACCUAUUAAGCGAUCUACUGUAAUGUUGGACAGUAAUGGAACUCAGAUAUUCGCUCAACACGCUGAAGAUCGACCAAGAAGAGGAAUGGGAAUUCCAGGAAGAUACACAGAAGUCCUGUCUCUUGGGGACGAUCCACCCUUUCUGGACUCCGGCCUCAAGAAGAUAGACAAAGAGCCCUGGAUCAUUUUGCAUUACUCGCCCUUCAAGGCUUGCUGGGACUGGAUAGUUUUGAUUCUCGUCAUUUACACUGCAGUUGUCACGCCCUUUUCUGCCGCGUUUGUCUUUGACGGCAACUUGCAGGAGAAAAAUCAACAACUCGGUUGUCUGAAACUAAAUGGUCUCAUCGUGGUGGAAACAAUCGUCGACAUCAUGUUCAUCAUCGAUAUUUUCAUCAACUUUAUGACUACCUAUGUCAGUACAAACGAUGAAGUCAUAACGGACAAGAAACGAAUCGCCAUCCACUACUUCAAGGGGUGGUUCAUCAUUGAUCUCCUGGCAGCGAUUCCGUUUGAUAUCCUUGUUCCGAUGGAAGCUUUAAAUUCAAUGAUCGGUAGUGGCGAUUCUACGGAAGUGGCGGAAAUGAAACAGACAGCACUGGUCGGAUUGAUGAAAACGGCUCGGCUACUCCGUCUCGUUCGGGUCGCAAGAAAAAUCGAUCGAUAUUCUGAAUAUGGUGCUGCUGUUCUUGUCCUGUUGAUGGCGUUUUUCGUUCUUCUGGCGCACUGGCUGGCUUGCAUCUGGUACGCGAUUGGAAUGGCUGAGCAUAGCGAGUUUGGAUGGGUUACCUAUCUUGGCGAGUCGAUAAACGUUCCUCUGAUCAUCGAAAACAACGUUGUAAAAGACGGCCCCACUGUAAAGCAAAAGUACAUCACAGCAAUGUACUUCACCUUCAGCUCCCUCACAUCGGUUGGUUUUGGAAAUGUCUCGCCGAAUACCAAUAUUGAGAAGAUGUUCUCCUGCUGCGUUAUGGUCAUUGGAUCUCUUUUCUACGCAACAAUCUUUGGUAACGUUUCUGCCAUCAUCCAACGUCUCUACUCCGGUACCUCCAAAUACCAUGCUCAAAUCGCCAAAGUGAAGGAGUUCUCUCGCUUCCAUCAGAUUCCGAAUCCACUCAGAAGCAGGCUUGAGGAAUUCUGCCAGCGCGCUUGGAGCUUGACCAACGGAAUCGACAUGACUCAAGUCCUUCGAAGUUUUCCGGAAUGUCUUCAGGCUGACAUCUGCUAUGGGAUUUAUAUUAUCUCAUCUUUUCUUCCAUAA